UACUCUGCUCUUUCGCUUUCCCACUGCGUCAUUGGUCCAUGUGCUGCUGUUGUCAGGGAAACCCUUUACCGGUACCGGCUCACCUUCCACCGCUGGAUUUGCACUGAAUAUUUUAACGGCCCUGCUGCCCUCUGUUACCCGUGUGUCUGUGGGUCUGUGUGUGCGUGUGUGUGUGUGUACUGUACAGUCAGUGCCUGUGUGAUGUGAUGCUUCUGACAAGUUUGCAUUCACAGAAUAGGCCUAGCAAUAGAGAGGCGAGGAGGGAAAAUGGGGCUGCAGUAACAGUAGUGACAGCAGCAGCCGCAUCUCUUGAGGAGUGAGGAAGUCCAGAGAAGGGCAAUUUUUCCAGCUCUCAACCGAGCCAGUCUUUUGGAUUAAGUCUUCUUUUCUAAGCCAGACUACAAGAGCUCAUCCUCAGACUCGGUCGCACUCUCUCUGUCUUUCACUCUUUCUCUAUGCCUGGCACUGCCAUCGCAGUGUGGACAUGCCACAGUGAACAGCUCUGUUUGACUGUUUCUCCACUGUCCCUCACCAACUCUGCACGUUUUUCUUUACUCUUUUCUUUACCUACCUCAUUUCAUAAUUUCAUUUCCUCCAUCUCUCCUGCCAUUUUUGUUCUGUCCUGUUCCUUCUCUCUUCCUCUCCCUUCUUUCUGUUGUCUCAGACACAGAGCAGCAAUGUGCAUCCAGUGGAAUUAGCUUUUAGCAAUAGCUGUUAACUGUCCACGUCUUCACUGAGAAGAAGGCUUUUAGGGGUGACCCCAUCCACCACCAUCGUCUGGCAUCCACCACUUGCCCCCCCACCUACCACUGCAGGGUGAGAUGGGCAGGGGUUGGGUGAGUUAGCCACAGGCUCGAGGGUUAGCAACAGGGCAGGCGAUGCCAGAAAGUAAAGGACGAGAACAAGGAGGAGGUGGAAGUGGCUGCACACGGGGCAAGCGGAAGCUGAGGAAGGGAGGCAGCCGUUCAGCAAUCCCCGCUCUCUUCACCAUCACUGAGGAAGAGGAGGGGCAGAGACGGAGAGAUGCUUGCAGGAGGAAGAAAAGAGCGUCUUACUCCCAGUAUAAAUCGGAGGAUGGCAGAACGUCUUCAGCCACCCGCCCCAGCUCUGCGGGCUCUGGGCAGACCUACACUCCCACCCUGACCCCUACCCCCACCCCGACUCGCACCACCACCAGCAACAGCCCCAGUAACAAUGCUGCCACGAAAACAGACUCAUUACUCUUCAACAAGAUUGACGAGAGACAGAGAUUAGCGCGUGAGCGCCGAGGGGAGCGUGAGAAACAGAAUGCUGUCAAGGAGGCCCAGUGGCAGGCGCGUGAAGAGCGUGCUAGGCAGCACUAUGAGAAGCAAUUGGAGGAGAGGAGGAGAAGGCUAGAGGAGCAGAGGAUAAAGGAGGACAAGAGACGGGCUGCCGUGGAAGAGAAACGACGGCAGAAACUGGAGGAAGACAAGGCUCGUCAUGAGGCGGUGAUACGUCGGACAUUGGAAAGGAGCCAGAGAACCAGGCAGAAGCCCAACCGAUGGUCUUGGGGAGGGGCACUGAACACAAACACUCCCAGCACACCAGCCGGUUUUGUCGAGUCGGCUUUCCUCUAUCCACUCGACCUUGCUGGACUGGAGCACAUGCAGAGUGCUUUCAGUCUCUACCGCAGAUACGGAAUGACCUCCCAAUAUGCUGACAGGCGGUCAGUGUCCACGAUGAAUUUAUCCAAACACACAGACCCUGUUAUUACCAAGCGUCUCUCCUCUUCCUCUGCCACACUCCUACACUCACCAGAUCGAGGCUUACAGAUGAGAACAGCCUCCUCUCCUGUCAUUAGCAAAGCUCAGUCCAAACCCCGACUACACCAGGGAAAGACCACCCAGCACAAAAACACAGGCCUGCGCCGUCUUCCAUUGACGCCAUGGGAGAGCAACGUGGUGAACCGCCUGCAGCAGCCAACACACUCCUACUUGGCUCGUAGCCGCAGUGCCAUGAGUCUGUCUGGAGACCAAACAGCCAUGCCUGUGUGUCCUCGCUCAGUGUCCUGCCACCCCAUGGGCUCCAUGUCCUUCAAGGCCCUGCAGGCCCAGCCACUUCCUCACUGCCGCAGCCAUGAGAGAAACCUUAGCAGGGAGACGGCCUCGUCUUCCUCCAAGACUGCCCGCAGGAGGACCAUCGGCGGCCCACAGCAUAAGGACCGUGAUAAUGUCAGGAAGUCAUGGAGCAAUCUGUCACUCCCAUUGGCUCCCAUAUUGACUUUGCCCCCCAACAAGCACUCCUCCUCUCCAGGCAAGAAGAACAGCAAAGAGACAGCACCCUCUCCUGGCAGGCCUCCACAAAAGUCAGCAGGGCGGCCCCCGACCCCCAAACUGCUGAAGUCUCCGGGGCCAGAGGACCCUGGAAACCUUCGACCUUUCAGGAUCACACCCGAAAUCCCUCAACCCACCAGAGCUCAAGAAGAGGAGGAGAAAGAGCAGGUCCUCAGUCCUCCUCAGCCUCGACCCCAGCCACUAGGUCAGAACAAGACCAACAGUGAGCAGACACCAGCAGCAGCCAGCGAGAGUGUAAGCAGUCCUCCAGCCUACAAGCCCUCAGCAGGCACCACAGAUCCAGAGGAGGCGAGUCGUAUCAUGGCUGAGAAUCGUCGACUGGCCCGCGAGCAGAGAGAGAAAGAGGAAGAGGAGCGCAGGCAACAGGAGGAGCAGGGAAGGUUAGCGAAGGAGGAGAUGGCUCGCCGUAAGGCAGAAGAGCGAGCAAAGAGAGAGGAGGAGGCGCAACGUCAGGCAGAGGAGAGAAAGAGAAAGGAGGAAGAGGAGAGAAAGGAGGAGGAAGAGAGACUACAGAAAGAGAGAGAGGAGGCAGAGAGACAGAAAGAGGAGGAAGAGUCUCGACAGAGAGAGGAGGCAGAGCGACUGAGGCAGGAGAGAGAGAAACACUUCCAGAAAGAGGAGGCUGAACGCCUGGAGAGGAAAAAGCGUCUGGAGGAGAUCAUGAAGAGAACAAGACGUUCAGACACAGCAGAGAAGAAAGUUGUCCCUAACAGGAAUGGAGACAAUACAGCUCCUAGCCCAUCUGCAGUGACUGUGUCACCGACACACAAUAGCAACAGCAACGGUCGCCAAUCUGACCCCGACCCAGACCCCAACCCCACCGCACUGAGCCAUCCUGACCAGACGGAGAACGGGGAGUUUGAGGAGGUGAUUGUUCUGCCUUCACAGUCCAGGUUGUCUCCUCCUGAGGGAGAGGAGCAGCAGCAGCAGGAGGAAGAGAGAGUUCCUGUCGUAGCCUUCCGGGAGAACGGUCUCCUAAAGCCCCAAAGUGGAAUAGAGGACAUAUCAGCCCAGCAGGGACCAGAUGUUGCCUGAUGCCCCGAUAGACCGAGAUGAUUCCACGCCUAGAGAGACAGGAAGUGAGACGGUCAGAGAGAGGUAACACAGAGUUGUUGGACUAAAUCAAAGGAAGGAGUCGCAGCAUCACAGCCAAGACCCUCCCCACGACAGAAGAGCACUGAAGCCAUUUCCCAAAGAUGGUGUCUCCAAAGAUCUACCUAAUGCAUCUCCAGAGAGAAGUUACUCGUCCCUCAACAAACUCUAUGGGGGACAGAUCCGUCUCCCUGUCUCCGAACAUGAUUACACUCGGUCAUAAUGUUCCGUGUACAGCCCCAACUACCCCUCAUUCUGAAGCAAAAGUCCUGAAAUCACAAGAGGGCUUUGAAAGCCUAUUCCACCUUGUGACUCUCUUGUGAUGUGUGCGUUUCUGUGUGUGUGUGAAUGAGAGACUAAUAAUAAUGUAAACUGAGAUCAGCUGUAAAGUCUUCAGCCCUGAUACUUGAAGAGUUUUUUUUCUGUCGCUGUUGAACACACUGUAAUCAGACUGACAAAAUCAGUGACGUUUAUAACUGGAACUCGCACAACAGGCUCCGAAUUACAAGGUCUCAUUAACGCAUUUCCUCUCUUUAUCUGGAAUCUCGUAAUUGUAAUGUUUCAACAUUGCUUCUGAAAUGUUACACCAGAGAUGGGAUGUAGGAGUGAUAUCAGUGCAUGAAGUUGUAUUAAGACUGCAGGAAAGUUCAUGUCAUGUAAUAUAUUUUUGCUGUGUCUACAGUGUUUAAGACUGGAGGUUAUUAUUGGGGUGAGGCAGGGGCGUUGGAGCAUCAUGGAGUUUGAGUUAAAUAAUGAGAAAAUGAAAAUACUGUUGUCUCAGUUGAGAAUUAGGUUGUAAACUUAUGAUUUUUUUGUUUAGUUUUAUUUAAUUGCUGUACAGAUAAAAAUGUGAUUCUUUGUUUCGUCCUCAUCCUUACUUUACUUUCUGCUCAAAUUGAGAAAAAAAAAGAAAAUCUGCUUUGACGUCAAGUCUUUCAUUUGUCAGUGCUGCAUGCUACGUCCUGUCGCACCGUGUAACCUGGUGGGCAGUGUUGGAGGACUCCACUGUAGCUUAGCUGCCUUGUGUUAAUUUUUGUUUUGGCCAAAGUACAAAAUGGAUUAAAAUAAUUAUGAAUUAUUGUUAACUCUGCAGAUCUGAUCUUUUUGAUGAAGGAUUUAAGAAUAAAUGCUGCUUAUUUUGAUGUUCCUUUGCCUUACCGCAUCGUAUGAAGAAUGAGGUGACUUGUCUGUACUCAUCCUCACUGAAAUGAAGAUAUACGCAUUCCCAGUAUGGCAUUCUGGCCACGCCCAUAAUCUCCAGUGGCUUUCUUUUCUUGAUGUGUUAAAAGUAUGAAAGAUCAUGCUAAAAAUGCUGUGUGAGUCUGUCUGUUAUAUCGUCAUACAAGAGCUAUGUCAUGUUCAUACAGGUUUUCAUGACAGGGAUUCAAGUAAAACCCUGCAACCCAAACAUUACACUUCUGUGAUAUUCCAUCUUUUCUCAUCUUUCUUCGCAUUCUGUUCUGAAACUUUGCACUUACUUUCCUCUUCAUGUUCAAAUCUUGCCGUUCUACCAAAAUGGAAGGAAACUUCAGAAGGAUUAAGCAUGUCUUUGGUUAUGUAGUGCUGGUUUCUGCCAGUAGUACAUAGCAUUGUUAUCAACAUGGUAACUUGAAAAUGUAUUGCUUUAACAGAAGCAAAAUCACUUGUAAAUGACAUUAUACAUAGAUAUCCUAUAAAUUGUUUAAAAGUUGAUAUAUUUUACUAAGACUGACGAGGCUUUGAAAAUUAACAAGCCCUUUACUUCCGAAGAGGGGCUGUGUAUGAGAUCAUUGAACCACUGUAAAAAUGAAAUCACUGUACAACUGUUGCAGCCGUACUGUUUCGCAAGUUAGUAAAACUUUUUGAAUUGA